AUGUUGCCACAUGCUUUACUGGGUUAUCGAACGACGGUCAGAACGUUGACUGGUGCUACUCCAAACUUGCUAGUAUAUGGAACAGAAGCAGUCAUACCUGCUGAAGUCGAGAUACCGUCUUUGAGAAUCAUCCAAGAAGCUGAGUUAACUGACGCUAAAUGGGUUGCCGUCUGUCAUGGUCAGUUGUAUAGACAGAGAAUGAUUCGUUCCUUUCACAAGAGAGUUAGAGCCAGAAAUUUUGAAGUUGGCCAGUUGGUUCUUAAGAGUAUUUUUACUCAUCAAGACGAGUACAAAGGAAAGUCCGCACCAAACUGGCAAGGUCCUUACAUGGUUCGUAAAGUAUUAUAUGGAGGUGCUUUGGUCUUGGCGGAGAUGGAUGGUACCGUAUGGCCUAAACCUAUCAACUCAGAUGCUAUCAAAAGAUACUACGUGUGA